AAAAUAUAGUGCAACCAUAUACACGAAGCACAUGCAAGAAUUAUACCCACUCUCUACAUUACUAGCAUCGCCGUUUAACUCUUCACGAUUGGAGAGCUCGGUGGGGCUUUUCGAUAACAAUCUCGCAUCGGAAUACCUACUCUGUAGGGAAUACGAUGGGAACAUCCAAGCACAACCGAGGACGCCACCGCAAGCAAAUAUCAAAAAGGAUAAAAAGCCACGACUUGCGGUAGCUUGUUUGUUCUGCAGGAAGCGCAAAAUCAAAUGCGACGGUCAGACAAGUUGUAUACAUUGUCAUAAACGUGGUAUAGAUUGCGUAUACCCUGAGAUACCACGUAAGAAACGCUCAAACAAGCAACUUCAGCAGGCAGAAGAUGAAAAUGAGAUGUACAACUCUAACUGCUCUGGAAGCAAGUUUGGUAGCAAAUCUGCGAUUAUAGCAGAGCAAUACAAAGUCAAAUACUUCUAAUAAACUAAGUAAUCGGAUAUUUACGAACAUAACGACAAUAAAUUAUAAAUUUUGAUCUUUUUGUAUAUCAGA